AGUUGCAAGGUGCAGCAAGCGGUUGGAUGGGAGAUCAUAGUGAUGUCAGGACAGGGAGGGCUUACCACAGGAGAUAAGGCCAGCUAAUGGAGAUGAAAUGAAUCAGUAUUUAACAAGUCUUUUUUAUUUAAGGCAGUUAGCUGGCAGCAGACUGAACUCAGUUGGCCGGAAGUCCUAGGAGGCCAUUUAGUUGGAAGUGAAAGAGGGAAAGAGUAAGUUCUGUGAGCUCUCCAAAGGUUUUUUUUUUUUUUUUUAACAUUUUUAGCUUGAUUUUAAUUUAUUGUCUUUUUUAUUUUUUCUGGAACUGGGACAUCAGCAUCCUCAGUCUCUGCUCAGCUGUGUGAACUGGAAGCAUUCGGGUGGAGGUCAAAGGUCGUGAGCGUGUCAUGACCCCACGGGAGCAGCUGAGGAAGAUGACAGCGCUGGGGGAGCAGGGGUCUUUGGAUGAGAAGCACUGGUAUCGACUCGUCAAUGGGAUGUCUGCCGGAGAGCUAAGGCAGAGGCAGGAGCUGAUAAUGAGGAACCAGAUGGCCAUGGCACCGCAGAUCCUUGCCCAGGGGCAGCAGAGGUUACAGGGGGUCCCCGCACAGUUCGAACCUCGUUUCAUGGAAAGGGAGUUGGUUCCCCCUACUGAGAUGGUCCCCUCUGAAGCCAGGCAGAUGCACAUGGGCCCUCACCUUGGUCCACCUCUGCCUCCUCAUGCCAAUGUCCUGCCUGGAAGAGCUUUCCCUGCACCUGCUGGAUAUGGCUUCUUACCCUCAGAGCCCAUGGAAACAGUUGCCCGGCGACAGGAGCUCAUUCACAAGCAAAAUAUAGCCAGAAUGGAAAUGAAUGCCAUCCUGCAUCAGAAGGAGCUGGAGAAUGCACACCAGAAAGGCCUGAUGGGAAUUGAGAAUCCCAUGUCAUACCCUUCCAGCCCCAUGGUGUUCAGAGGUCGUCAGCGCAUGCCAGACGGCCAUGAUGUCUUUGUCCACCGACCCACCCUGGAUGAACUUCACUCCAACAGUAUACUUAUGUCUGCCAACCCUUACCCAACAAUAAGCACACUGCACAGAGAGCGGGGGCGCAGAGCCGGUAGGAGGCCAACUGCUCACAAGAGCAUGGAGAGCCAUGUGUCCAACGUAAAGGGCCAAACGGAAGAUAAAAGUGUAGAGCAGAGCCCAGGGGCCACAUCAGGGGAGGAGAAAGAGCUGGAGCCUAAGGGGGACAUGGGAGAGGAGUGUGCCACCAGUAAGACACAUCAUCAGGCCAAAAUAGACCCUGAACUGGCCACAGGAAGCAGAAAGAACUACAAAGAGGGGGAGCCAGGCCUGAGGAAAGCCUGUGUGAACAGUCAAGAGGGGAGUUCUGAUGUGGCCAACAAUGGUACAAAUGAUAAAGACAUAUCCAGCCAGUGUUCAGCUUUCCAGGAGAAGUUCAUGUAUCCAUCUACUGGUGGAGCUCUAACAGGGAUGCCUUACAUGUUCCCAGGCCCUGGAAAUGGUUUCCUUCCACCUGGUCCACCAAAUCUCUUUCUGAAUGGUGAGGAGGUGCCUGAAGACAUCAGGAAGUGGACAGUGAAUGAUGUUUACAACUUUAUUAACAGUAUUCCCACAUGUUCAGAAUACGCUCAGACUUUCAAGGACCACAUGAUUGACGGAGAGACACUGCCCCUUCUCUCAGAGGAGCAUCUACUGGACACACUGGGACUGAAGCUGGGGCCGGCACUUAAAAUCCGCUCACAGGUGUCCAGACGCCUGGGUAGCAUGUUAUACAUGAUGAACCUACCGCUCUCCACUGCAGCACUGCAGGCCACCCCUGAGAAGCCUGGGGAACGCUCGUCAGAGAUCGGCUCCCCUAUUAACUGCAACAGCGAGGAGAUGGUGGCAAGUCCAAGAGACCCCGAUGUUCUAAAAUCCACUGAGCACCUCCACGAGGCAGAAAACAAUUCACCUCCAUCUGCUAGCAGUGAGACAGCCUGACCGUGAUAGUGACUGACAGACAAAUGCCAACCAAAACAGGCUGUACCAGCACUCUCUGAUGAACUGCUGCUGCCACUGUGGUGGAUUUGUUUACACUGUGAUGUAUUAGACUGAAAAUGAUUUUUUUUUGUUUUUUUUUUACUGUUUCAAAGAUCCAUGCUGUGCCAAGGCUUCUGCUGAAUAUUUUCUACAUUUAACAAAAGCAACAGCAGUGAAGUGAAAAUGAUGUGGCUUUUAGGAUAUGAGACACUAAUAAGGUCCUGCAUCAAUUUUCUUUCCUUGUCUGAUUGUAGCUUCCUGAAUUAUUCUUGUAAGCAGAUAAAAUGCUCGCAUAGGCUGACAUACUGACCCUAGUAAUCAUUCUUUGGAAAUAUUUUAUAAACAAAGUAAUGAGUUAUUUAAAUAUUCUGUUUUUUGAUGCUUGAUACUUUUUUGCAUUUGUUUGACUGUAAAUAAAGGUUUGUUUGUUUUUUA